CGGACUGGCCAGUAACUAAAUCAGCCACCGGCACCAACCAUAGUAUUAUUGUUCCAAAAUUAAAACGGUUGUGGGCGUGACGGCUCAUAAGAGUGACACAUGUCCCAGGAGAAGACAGACUACCCCGUAAUGGGGGAGAACAAGCCCAUACAGAAUAAUGUUUAUGGGCCACCAGAGCCUAAUGCCUAUGGGAUGCCUCCACCCAACUACAGCCAACCUCCAGGAGGGCUUCCAUACCCAGCACCAGGACCAUACGGCCAGCCAGUUUUCCCACAGGGAACACCAGGGUUUGCUCCAGGGCCCUACCCUCAAAUGCCCUUCCCACAAAUGCCAUUCCCCCAAGGACCAUACCCACAGGGGCCUUAUCCUCAGGAACCAUACCCACAGGGCCCCUACCAGCAGGGGCCAGGGCAGCCACCUUAUACUGGAGACCCUAAUGCUCCCACAGGUAGCCCUGGCUAUCAUGGUGGAGAUGGGCCUCCAUCUUACUAUGGUAAUGAAGAGUUUGCCAACUCUGGCUGGGAGGACAAGACUAUACGGCAGGCCUUUAUCAGAAAGGUGUUCAUGGUCUUAACUGUACAGCUGAUGGUGACAUUCUCCUUUGUUGCUGUCUUCACCUUUUCAAAUGAUGUCAAGCUGUUUGUACAACAAAAUCGGUGGACGUACUAUGUGUCCUACGCUGUUUUCUUUGUGUCUCUUAUUGUGCUCAGCUGCUGUGGAGACUUUCGCCGCAAACAUCCAUGGAACCUAGUGGCACUGUCUAUUCUGACUCUUAGCCUGUCCUAUAUGGUGGGGAUGAUUGCAAGCUUCUAUGAUACAGACACAGUCAUUAUGGCUGUGGGCAUCACUGCAGUGGUGUGUUUUACAGUGGUGGUCUUCUCCCUGCAGACCAAAUAUGACUUCACGUCCUGCUGGGGUGUGCUCUUUGUCUGCCUCAUUGUGCUCUUCCUCUUCUCCAUCCUCUGCAUCUUCAUUAAAAACAAAAUUCUGCACAUUGUCUACGCCUCCUUAGGGGCACUGCUCUUCACCUGUUUCUUGGCCGUGGACACUCAACUCCUCCUAGGGAACAAGCAGCUGGCACUUAGCCCCGAGGAGUAUGUCUUUGCUGCUCUAAACCUCUACACUGACAUCAUCAACAUCUUUAUGUAUCUGUUGGCUAUUGUUGGUCGUUCUCGAGAGUGAGGGGAAAAAGAGCUGAAUACAAGCCAAGCGCAAUGAUGUUGCACGCAAUCAAUCACCUCGUCUCUCAGUCUGUAGACCUGUCUCCUCAUCGUUUGUCCACUUCUAACAUUUUCUCAAUUUAGCAGAUGUGCAAGUAAGAUUAUUAGCUCUAUGCAUCAAGCAGGUCUGAUGUGAAUCAUUGCAAAGAGAAGCUCACUGUUAAUUAUUUAUUAAAAAAUUUAAACAUUCAGGAAUCCUAAAUUAUUUGCUUGCACCACCACUGUUUCCCUUAAAACCUCAGUACGGUUUUAAAUAGUUGUGUAGUAUAACUCAUUGGUCACAGCCAAACAGCAUGAGCGCUCUCUUCCCAUGACUUCUAUGAGCUUGGCACAUUGCCGAAUAAAGGUAGCAGUGCAGUGGCAUUGAAAAAGAAAGGCAUGACGUUGACGCAGGAAACAAUAUUUUGAGCAGAAUAGCAAAGCAGGAAAACAAAAUGCUUGGUGAGUCAUUAUGUCUUUUUAUUUAUUUUUAUUAGUAAGUGUACUGGUACUCAUCAUGAUAAAGUAAUAUGAAGGAAGACAACAGGACACAAAUCACUCUUAUUAUUCCUGCUUAAUAUACAGCCGUAAAUAUUCAUAUGAGCUCUCACCCUUAGCUCAAAGCAUGUCUAUAGUAAGUACUGUGGUGCUCUAUGGAAAAACAUAGCAUUAGAUAACUUAAUAUGUAAUAACACAUAAUAUACAUGUCAAAUCAACAAGAUUUUUAUAAUCUAACACCAGUACUAACACCCAAGCUGUAUACAUAUUCAUACAUAGUUAUCACUUACAAUUCAAAGAGAUAUUUUCAUAUGAA